UGUACAGCUCCGUGUCCCGAAUCGAAAGAGGGUUGUUUCUCCUAAGGUACAGAUCAAUCCAGACAAUCAAAGGGACAAAAAUCCUAAGAUGUCCAUAAUAAAUUUAACCUAUAGUGCGUUGAUGGCCGCGAAGGAGAUAUCCGAGACAUGUCGUAGACUAGAACAAAUUGGAGGCAUACAAUUAGCACAAUAUUUCGAUGAAGUUUACGUUCACGCAAAAAACCUGGUGGAAAUUCUUAAAUGGAAAGAUCUGAAAUUUGAAAUCAAAAGGAUCAAGAGAUUGCAGCAUUCUUCAACGUGCACCGCGAGGAAAUUUGAGAUAAAAACUUUAUACUUAAAAGCGGACAUACAAGAAUUUUAUAAUAUUUUAGGACGGAUCUCCAAGCAUUUGUACAAAAAAUUUCGCGCGGUGAAGAAGUCCAGAGAACCGAUGACUCCAUUAGAAAGAAACGAGUUGGUAAUUCGCUUUUGCGCCAACACACAGGACUUAUUUGAAGUCUGGGAGGAGCUGUACCAGAGGUUAACAGAUCUAGAAGAAACGAUCCACACCGACGUAAUAGGAGAAGACCCAUUCAAACAAAUACACGAGUUUUUUGUUCAUAGCAGAAACGCAGAAAUACAGGAACCUCCCAUUUCGACGUAUGCAGAGGCCAGAGAGUGUCUGUUAAUAAUAAGGAAGAAUAACAGAAAGUUAAAUCUGAUUCUGCGAGAAACGGAUUUCGAACUGUCGGAUUUAGAAUUAGAAAGAUUUAAAUUUAUCAAGGAUGCCUUGGAAACCAGAUUCGCUGAUGAGAACAUAUUGACCAAGGCGUAUCGAAAAUUCAAGACAUUUGAAAAGCUGAGCACCAAAUUUAGUCAGAAAUGUAAGAGUUUCCGCUUAGAAAAUGUCAAAAAAUGUGUGGAACUUGAUGAAAAAAUAAAGACGUUUUUGUCUUCAGGGAAUAUAUUUCUGCCCGAUUUAUUGAAAGAAAUGACGCAUUUCUUUGCAAAAGUCUUUCAUGAGUACAAACUGCACACUAGCGAAUUUAAUCAGUUAAAGAUGGGAUUAAAGGAGCACUGGGAUUUGUACACUUCAACCCAAAGAUAACUUUAUUAGUGUUAAGUAGUUUAGCCAUUAUGUAAAAGAAAUACAAAACUUAUAAAUACUUAUUGAAAACACUAAAAUUAUGUUCACAAUUUGCUUCAUAAUCACCAUAGGUCAUUCUGACCUAAAGAUUUCUCUUUUCAGUAAUUGAGUUACAAACUUUUUAGUAAUUGAAAUUGUUGUAUUUUGUGCAUUAGCAAUGUUAAAUAAAGUUGAUUGACCAA